AUGAUUUUGUCGUAUUACAAUGAAACGGAUAUCCGGAUGCUUCAACAGCGGCUUCUGGACAACGGCAUGAGCACAGUGCGCAAGGCCGGUCAACGCGCCUCAACAGUAACGUUCCGCUGCCUUGCGUUGCUACUGUUCACGGUUUACAUGAUUCUGAGCAUCUGGAGCUGCAGCUUGACUGAAAUUCACCUCAGUCAGAGGUACCUCCUCCCGUGGUUUAGCAGGUCGUACGAAUUCCUUGAAAAUCACGAAAAGUACUUCUACAAGUAUUCGAAUCAUGUGGAGAUCGUUUUCCCUGAAUCGGUCGAUUACCACGACCCCCUUACGAAAGCUUCGAUUCUCAGCCUCACCCGCUGGCUAGAACAAGACGUUCCAUACGUGAAAAGAGUCAUUUGUUGGCUCAAAGAUUUUGACAGUUUCGACAAAAAUUCUUUCUACACUGUGCAACGAGACUCUCUGGUGACGACUCUCGCAUCUCGGUUUUUCAAUCAAUCAAAGUACAAGCAUUACCAGCAAGAUAUUUUGAUCGACCCUGAACAAAACCGCAUACUGCAGACUAGGUGA